AUGGAUCUUAAGAAUGGAUCUCUAGUGACUGAGUUUAUUUUACUAGGAUUUUCUGGACAAUGGAAACUUCAGAUUUUCUUCUUUGUGACAUUCUCCUUGGUCUACGGUGCUACUGUGUUGGGAAAUAUUCUCAUUCUGGUCACAGUAACAUUUAGCUCCAUGCUUCAUUCGCCCAUGUACUUCCUCCUUGGAAACCUUUCGUUUUUAGACAUGUGUCUCUCCAGUGUCACCACACCCAAGAUGAUCACAGACUUCCUCACUGAACACAAAACCAUCUCCGUAGGAGGCUGCAUGGCCCAGAUGUUCUUUAUGCACUUCUUUGGGGGUGCUGAGAUGACUCUUUUGAUCGCCAUGGCCUUUGACAGAUAUGUAGCCAUAUGUAAGCCCCUGUACUAUAGGACAAUCAUGACCCGCAGGUUGCUGAUUGGGCUUGUGAUACUUUCAUGGAUAAUUGGUGUUAUACACACCAUGAGCCAAAUGGUAUUAACAGUGGACUUGCCCUUCUGUGGUCCCAAUGUCAUAGACCACAUAUUUUGUGACCUUCCCCUUGUGAUUAAGCUUGCUUGUAUCGAAACAUACACCUUGGAAUUAUUCAUCAUUUCUGACAGUGGGCUGCUCUCACUCAUCUGUUUCAUCCUCGUGCUUGUGUCCUACACUGUCAUCCUGGUCACUGUACGGCAAAGAUCAUCUGGAGGGCUAUCCAAGGCUCUGUCCACACUGUCCGCACAUAUCACUGUAGUCACCCUGUUCUUUGCACCUUGUAUCUUUAUCUAUGCCUGGCCAUUCAGUAGUUUUUCAGGCAAUAAAAUCUUUUCUGUAUUUUAUGCUGUGAUCACACCCUUACUGAAUCCUAUUAUUUACACACUGAGAAAUCAGAAAAUGCAAGGGGCCAUGAGACAAUUAUGGUUCGUACAUGUUGGCUCCACACAGAACUUCUAG